GGUUGAUAAGUUUACAUACAUAGAUUGGAGCCGAGCACGUUGUGUUUGAUAAAUUAAGUUAUAUAAAUAAUAUUAAAAUUGCAAUAGAAAUGUUUGCUUUGUUGCGUCGUCUUACGUGCGCAUCGAUCACAAACAGCAGAAAGCUAAACCAAGUGCGAUGCUAUGCCUCUUUCACAGUAAGGGAUGUAAUGCGGGACACUUCAGAUGAGACCGGCACGCUGCUGACCCGCUUUGCCAAGCACAUAGCCAUCGACCGCUACAAAUGCGAGGAGCACGUGCUGCCACCAACGAAAAUCCGCUAUUCGGACUACUAUCCCAUCACAGAUGAGCAUUAUUUCCGACGCUCCGUGCAGCAGACAGAUGCUUCACAGCUGCCGGCUCUGAUCAUACAUACAUCCAGUUAUCGUUCCAAUGCAGUACCAGCCAUGUAUGCCAAGGCCUUGAAUGUGUUGGAUGCGCACGCAACUGCACAGUUAGACAAAAUGGACGUUUCCACUGUGCUGGAGACGCUCUAUGCAUUUCUGUUCCUUAUCCCGAAUUGGCUGAGGCGCAUCGAUUUCUAUCAUGCGGCCAUGCGACGUUUGGUGCAGGAAGCGGCUGGCAGCAAGCAGCGUUUUCUGCAAAUCUGUUUCUAUUUAGGCCUUCAGAAGCAAAAUCAGCAAACUGAUUUGGAGACGCUGCUUGCGACGCAGCUUGGCAAGCACUUGGCUAACUUAAAUCCCUUGGACCUGGCUCUGGUUUCGAAUGCUGCCUAUAAAACUUCGACUUUGGUGACGGGUGAAGUGCGUCAGGCAUAUGAGGAUGCCCUGGUGGAUGCAACUCUGAACUUAAAGCUUGACGGGGAUAGCGUUCCGGAUGAUUCGCUGCUUGUGUGCUACGUCAAGGCGUUGCGUUUCCAGCGCGUUCACGACGAGCGUAUCUGCCAGCACCUGCAGAGCAUUUGCCUGGAGCAAACACAACUAACAAAACUUCAGCCUCGUGGCCUGGCACACAUAUUUGCGUACUUCGCUGAGAUGCAGUGGGAUGAGCCAGAAUGCAUGCAGGCGCUUGUGGAACGUUUAUUGAGCUUCAAUCCCGGUGAAUUGCGUGCCAAGGAUGUGUCCACAUUCCUCUGGGGCUGCGCACAGCUGAAUUGCAACUUAACUGCUGAGCAGCUGAGAAAAUUGGAGGUGUUUGCAUUACGUAAAUUGAAUAACGGCGAGUAUGACCGUUUUCCCGACCAACUAGUGGAUGCGUGCCUCUCCCUGGUUAUUCUGGGUCACCACUCGAAGCAGCUGUUCGACGGGGCCGAGGAGCUGAAGGCCGCACAACGUCAGCGACAGCGCGCACAACCCAAAGUGGACAGCCGCUUGACUGUGCUACGAUCUGCUGUGGCCAUAGAGCAUCCCGACUGGACGGACGUCAAGACGAAGCAGGCCUUCAAGGAGCUCGCCCGUGCGCCCGCCUAUUUGCUCAGUCAACGUGAGGAUCUGACAGCAUAUGCCAAUCAGUUGUCGGCAGAUGCCGAGGUGGAAGGCGUUGACUUGGUAUGCCCCAUUGCCGGCAUCAAUUUGCCCAGCCUGCGUGUCCAGACUCAAGGCGAGCAAGCCAGCAUAUACUUUAUAGAGCUACUGACGCCGCAACAGACGCUGAAAUUCAGUCGAUCGGCGACCUCCCUGCUGCGCUUGAAACGGAGACUGCUGGAAGCGCUGGGUCAGCGUGUUGUACUGCUCCAUUCUGGUGAGAUGGCAUCCAAUGCUCAAGCGCUGCAACAGCUUUUGGAGCAGACAGCAACUGCAAAGAAGGAGCUAAAGCAGGCUGCGCAAGGCCUGAACAACUGAAACGUGUGAUAUAGAGUCUACGUGCUAUAGAUUUAAUUAACAAGUGUUUUAUUAAUGUAAUUAAUUUAGUAAAAUUAACACUAAACGUA